GUGUAGACCUUUAGAUAUUUACUGUUUUUCUUUUUCAUCAGGUGCUCUAGUUGGCGGCAUUCUGGGUGGCAUGGCGAUGAGAUUAGGCAGAAGAACAGUACUAAUAGCGGCGGCUUUGCCUUAUUCGCUGGUUUGGCUAGUGACGGCGCUGUCCACCGGCGUCGAUAUGUUGGCGGCUACGUCAUUCUGCGGCGGUCUGCUUCUAUGUUCGAUGACUAUGAUCACGCAGGUGUAUGUCACUGAAAUCGCAGUUCCAGAAAUCCGUGGAUGUCUCAGCUCAGUCCUCAAGAUCCUCAGCCAGAUCGGGAUCCUCAUCGCAUUCUCGCUGGGUGCUUACCUCAACUGGUACCAGCUCGCUUUGGUCGUAGCGGCCGCACCUGUAAUGCUAUUCUUCGCACUACUGUUCGUUCCUGAAACUCCAUCCUCUUUGCUCCUAAGAGGACGGGAACAAGAGGCGGAAAAAUCACUCCAAUGGCUCAGAGGCCCCGAUGCGGACAUCAGACAAGAGCUAGCGACUAUACGCACCAAUAUUCUAGCCAGCAAGCAGUACAGCGACGGUAGAACGUGCAAAUUACAAGCCCUUCUAUCAAAAAGGUUGACUAGACCAGUUUUGAUUACUUGCGGGCUGAUGUUCUUCCAGAGAUUCACUGGAGCUCACGUUUUUAAUUUCUACGCAGUGUCGAUGUUCAAGAAGACCUUUAGGAUGAUGAAUCCGCACGGAGGAGCCAUAGCCACGAGUGUCGUGCAAUUAUUAGCCUCAUGUUUAUCCGGCAUGCUCAUAGAUAACGUGGGUAGACUACCUCUUUUGAUGAUCAGCGGAGUUAUGAUGUCCAUUGCUUUAGCCGGCUUCGGAUCUUACGCUUACUACGAAGAAGUCAUAAGAAGUUCGACGAAUUUAUCUCACGACGCCGGAGCGUACGAUUGGAUUCCUUUAGUGUGCGUGUUGACCUUUACGAUAGCUUUCUCGUUAGGUAUCAGUCCAAUAUCAGCACUCCUGAUUGGAGAAUUGUUCCCUUUAGAAUACAGAAGUUUAGGUAGCGCAUUGGCUACCAGUUUCAGUCAUCUUUGCGGUUUUGUUAAUGUGAAAACUGCGGCGGAUUUCCAGGACCAUAUAGGUUUAUAUGGUCUCUUUUGGAUGUACGCUGGUAUAUCAGUUCUGUGUCUGCUAUUCGUGGUGCUAUUUGUACCAGAAACGAAAGGUCGUGAAAUUGAUGAAAUGGACCCCAAGUAUGUAGAGUCGCUGUGUAUUAAUCGAUAGUAUUAAUAUGUGGUAAAUAAAUGUUGGAUUUUAUCUGUGGCAGCUUGGGAGUCUAUUAUAUGCGUCCAGUAUUAUAUAUUUGUAGUGAUAUAAAGUGCCUUAUUGGAAUCAUUUGAAAUGGUAUCAUCAAACAAAAUGUCACAAAGUUUUUUUUUUUGUAAAUCCUUUUUGUGCGUUUGAGAUGUUGUACAUGUAUUUAUUUGGAUAAUAUUUGGUGGAUCGACAUUCGGUAGGAUGUUUAAGUGCCAAAUGUAAUAUUUUAUGUCUUCCAUAGUUAUUCUUUACAUAUAUAUAUUUUAGGGUAGUCAUCGACAAAUCUGGACAGUCCAAAAGUUCCUCGAGUUUAGACUUUUCUCUAUGAUUUGAUUAUUUACUAUUUGACAGUACAGAAAUUAGAAUUUGGUAAUUUUAAUUAAAUUAGCGUUUUCUAAUAGGAAACCUUUGUGUUACAAAUAACUUUAUCAACUAAAGCCAAAGCAUAUUAAUAAAUAAUAGUUCUCAUUUCUUUUUUGAAUAGAAUGUUAGGAAAAACAAGAUCAAUAUGAGAUAUUUAACAUAAGCUCAUGUAGCAAAUAUUUAAAAGAGAAAAAGGUCUAAAUUGUAGUUCGACUCAAUUUUUUGAGUUAAUGUCUGAUUACAAGAAAUUAGUCUGAUUUUAAACUAUUUUUAAUGUUAUAUAUAAGACUAAGCAGUAUCACAAAUUGUUCAGUAUAGUCUUAGUAUUAAAAAGAUGUACUAAAGUAAAUCCUUGUAUAUUUAAUUAACUUGUCGACGUAUUUACUAAAAGAAAUUAAUAUCUAUCUAAAUUAGAUUUUUGUAACAUAAGAUUAUUAUAAUUCAUUGUUUAAUUAAGAUAUUACCUUAUAUCUUAUAUAUAAUUAAGAAACGGUAUUUCUUGAUUUUUUAUACGUAUUUGAAAAUUUUAUUAUAUACAUCCAGUGAUUUUUUUUUCGAAAUAAUUGUAACCAUUGUUGGUGCUAUUUUGGUGCCUUGCAUUUUCCAAAUAUAUAUACUAUGUAUAUUGUACUAUAUAGAUAAGUAGUUAGUGAUUUUUGUAUAUAAACCUAGUAUUAUUAAGUUUGUAAAAUUUAAUUAACAAGGUACUAUGAAGGUGUUACAAAAUAGCAUUGCCAUAAUGUUCGCUAACUUAAAUCAUAAAAUAAAUUCUUAAUUGUACUUAAGAAGUCGAAUUUAAGUUUAAAAAAUAAAAUGUUGUGAAUCUACUACCGUAUUUCAUUACAACCUUUCGUUGCGUAUAC